CUUAUUCAAAUUAUAUUAUGCCGGACAAAGAAAGUGUUUCGUUAAAGAAAACACAUUUCUUUGCUGUCUUGUUUCUAUUGCUGCAAUGAGUCCACUGGCCACUCCACUUCAUCCUUCUCCAUUCCCGCUUAAAAAUCCAGCAAAUCCCCAAACCCCCAUUUUCACUUUACCAAGCAGACCAAGAAUCUUGAUUCCUCAAGCUACAUUUUCUGCUUCACUAAAUUCUCCUCUUUGGACCAUUUCAGAGAUAGUGAAGUCUGUUAAUGGCAGAAUCAUCAGGUGGGGUCCACCUGGAGCAAUCUGUACGGACACCAGAACACUUGAACCAGGACAAUGGUUUCUCCCCCUUGUUGGGCAAAACUUUGAUGCCCACAAUUUCAUUACCCCUAAAUUGGCCACUAAAGGGUGUGUUGGAGUCAUUGGGAACUGGGUUUGUGAGGAUUGGAACAAUGGGUUUGUACAAGUGGAGGGUGACACUAUGAGUUCUUUAAAAAGAUUGGGUUUUUAUUCAAGAAACAGGUUUAAUGGUUGUUUAAUUGGUUUAACAGGAAGUGUGGGGAAAACCACAACAAAGACUAUGAUAGCAUUAGCUUUGGAGAGUGUUGGAACUGUUUAUCACAGUCCAGGGAACUGGAAUAAUGAGAUUGGAGUCGCGUUAUCGCUUAUUGGGUUGUCGAGGGAUGUGGGGUUUGGGGUUCUGGAGAUGGGGAUGAGCAAGAAAGGAGAAAUCUUGGAGCUGUCCAGGCUGUGUAGACCAGAUGUAAGGGUGAUUUUGAAUGUGAGUGCUGCACAUUUGGAGAAUUUCGCGAACUUGGAGGAGGUUUCCAUGGCAAAAGGGGAGAUUUUAAGAGAAGCAAUGCCAGGGGAUGUGUGUGUAUUGAAUGGUGAUGAUCCUCUUGUCAUGAGCCUCCCAGUUCCAGUUGGAGUUCAGAAGGUGGUAUUUGGUCGAAAGCUGGGCUGUGAUGUUCGUUUAGUUUCUUCACAAAUCAUAGACGGAGGUCGCAGAAUACAAAUUGUUCUAGAGGGGUUUAACGAGAUGGUUAAAUUGGUUAUCUCCAGUCCUGGCUUGCAUUUAGCCAUUAAUGCAUGUGCAGCUGCUGCUGUGGCUAGUGCUCUUGGUGUUCCUCUUGCUCUAGCUGGAAACUUGUCCAGAUUUAUACCUGUUCACCGAAGAUCAGAACUUGAAGUAGCUGAAAAUGGGAUUACAAUAAUAAAUGAUGUUUACAAUGCAAGUCCAGCUAGUACUCAAGCUGCCAUUGACUUGUUAAGAAACAUUGACUGCAAAGGUAAACGAGUUGCUAUACUCGGGGACAUGCUUGAACUUGGUCCAACAGAAUUCAAGUUCCAUGAGUUGAUGCUACAGAGUUGCUCCGAUGCUCAUUUUGAUGUAGUUGCACUUGUUGGAACAAGGUUUGUAAGUGCAGCUGAGAGUAUAGACUGCGCUCAGGAGAUAAUACUGGUGUGCACCACUUAUACCCACCAGAUGGCUUCUAGAAUUAUCAAUUAUCUAAAUAGUGGUGAUGUCGUCCUUGUCAAAGGCAGUCGUCAAAUAGGAAUGGAGGUGAUCGUCGAUGCAAUUAAGUCUAUCCACUUUGGUGUCCCACUUUGCCAGGCAGUAAUGAGCAAAUGUGGCUAA